CAUCUUUGGAACGCAAUUUAAUCUGAUCCCAAAGGCAAAGAUCGUACAACCGAACGAAGAAGAAAUUUCAAAGAAAAAUGGUCUCCCUGAUAGAAUUUUUAAAAGAAAGAAACAUUCCUGUAGACAAGAUAGAAGAAGAUAAGCUUGAUUGCCAAGUGAUAUUAUUAUUGUCUGAUGAUGAACUGGCAAAGUACAUCCCUAUCUAUGGGGACAGGAUAGCUGUGAAAGAUUUUUGUAAGAACCAGGGUGGUACAGGUUCAAAGUCCAAAAAAAAGAAGACACUAUUACAUAAGAUAAGAAAAAGACUCCAUCCAUCAUCAAAAAGAAACUUGUUUAAAACAAAAAAAGAUAUACCGGUAGAUGAAAGCUCAAGUGAUAGUGAUGACAAUCCUUCUACUUCCAAGAAUAUUGGAAAUGAUCAUGCAGCAAAAAGUGAAAGGCGUAUAGAACUUGGUUGGCUGAUGAAAGAAGGAGAUAGGAUGAAACAAGUUCGCGGGCCAACUGGAGGGGGGACGAGACAUCUUGUUGUUGAUAAAGAUACUCUAGUGAGUACCAUAAAAGAAACAGCUUUAACACUUUACUUUCCAGAAGGAAUAUCACCCAGGGGUAAGAUUGAAAAAUUUGUGGUUGACAUCAUGGACUUUAAACGCCAGUCAGCUAAUUUAGAUUUGUCUGUAGAGAAUAUUUAUGACCGAAGUAAAAUGAGGCUGUUACGGUUUUAUUUACUAACUGUACCUAAAGAAAGGGAUAACACUGAACAAGAAAAGAAUUCAACAACAAUGACCAAAGAAAAUGAAGAUCAAGAAAGUGUUUCACAGCUGUUGAGGUUAGAAAAUCAUGAAAAUAACAGUUCUCAUAAUUCUUAUAAUGAGCAUACCAGUUUGAACAUAUGCAGUGAUGAUGAAAUUCAGUUUGGACCUGUAUUGGCUGAUAUUGAUGAUAUCUAUGACUCCACAAUUCCUUUGAAUGAUAUCCACACUCAAUCUGACAGUCAGCCAGAGAAUAGUUAUAUCGCCAAUGAUCCUGGAAUAAUCACUAAUAGUCUUGGAAUAAUCGCCGAUGGUCCUGGAUUAAUAAAUAAUGAACAAUUAUUUCUUGAUCCGUUCCAUUCUGUGAAAAUUAGGGUUCAUAGAGGAAAUUUAAUGAUAGAAAUGAUGAAAAUAUUUUCAGAUCCAACAAUAAUGUAUGCUACAUUUUUUGAUGUCAGUAUGAUAUUGCCAACUGGAAAAGCAGAAGAAGGGGUAGGGGAAGGAAUUUUUAGAGAUUGCCUUACUGAAUUUUGGAAUGAGUUUAUGGACAAUUGUUGCAUUGAAAAUUCGGAAAUUCACAGAAAGUCCCUACAAUAA